AUGCAGUGCCUUAGACCGCUACACCAGUCGGGAGCCCAAUGGGGCUACCGUAUAUUGUGGACUGUGAGGUUCUCUCAGGAGCCAGCAGACCAGUCUGUUGUUCUGGGGGGGAGGGUGGUUCUGUCCUGUGUCGUCUUCAACUACAGCGGCAUCGUACAGUGGACCAAGGAUGGACUAGCACUGGGCAUCGGAGAGGGCCUCAAGGCCUGGCCCAGGUACCGUGUGCUGCGGGUGAUAGACGUGGGCCAGUACAACCUGGAGAUCUCUGCUGCUGCGCUGUCUGAUGACUCCCUGUAUGAGUGCCAGGCCACGGAGGCUGCCCUGCGCUCCCGGAGAGCCAAACUCACCAUCCUCAUCCCUCCUGAUGACCCAGUGAUCGAGGGCUUUCCAGAGAUCCUGCUGAGAGCCAAUGCCUCGUACAACCUGAGCUGUGUGUCCCACGGGGCCAAGCCACUGGCCCUCAUCGAGUGGCAGCGGGAUGGGGUGGCCCUGGAGGGAGCUUUUAGUUCCACUGAGGUUCUCCCAGACAGAAAGAGAGUGACGACCCGGAGCUUCCUACCCAUCAUCCCAGAGGACAAAGACACGGGACGCAACUUUACCUGUGUGGCCAGCAACCGGGCUGUCCCCAUGGGAAAACGCACCACCGUCACCCUCAACAUCCACCACCCCCCCAAGGUGAACCUAUCCAUGGAGCCUCAGUCUCUCCUGGAGGGAGAGAGAGUCACCUUCACCUGCCAGGCCACCGCCAACCCCCCCAUCAUGGGCAUCCGGUGGGCGAAGGGGGGUGUUCUCCUGGAGGGGAUGAGAGACAGUGUGUUUGUGACCACAGCAGACCAUUCCUUCCACACCGAGCCUGUCUCCUGCUCAGUCUUUAACGCUGUGGGACACACCAACCUCAGCAUCCUGGUCAACGUACACUAUGGUCCUAUCCUGAAGGGGGCGCCCACGCCGAUUACGGUGGACAUUGACUCUGACGCCAAACUCAACUGCAAGUGGACCGGGAACCCUCCUCUUACACUCACCUGGACCAAGAAGGGAUCUAGCAUGGUCCUCAGUAACAACGAGGAGCUGGUCCUGAAGUCAGUGAGCCAGGUGGAUGCGGGUCAGUACGUGUGUAAGGCCAUCGUCCCCAGGAUCGGAGUGGGAGAGACUGAGGUCACUCUUACAGUCAACGGCCCUCCCAUCAUCUCCAGCGAACCAGUCCAGUACGCAAUGAGAGGGGAGAGAGGGGAGGUCAAGUGCUACAUUGCCAGCACCCCUCCACCUGACAAGAUUGUGUGGGCAUGGAAGGAGAACGUAUGGGAGAAGGAGAAGGGGACUCUGUUGGAGAGGUACACGGUGGAGCAGAGCAAACCUCACUCCCAGGGAGGAGCUGUCCUCUCCACCCUCACCAUCAACAACGUCAUGGAGUCUGACUUCCACUCUCCGUACAACUGCACCGCCUGGAACACCUUCGGACCCGGGACCAUGAUCAUCACCCUGGAGGAGAGAGAGAUAGUACCAGUGGGGAUUAUAGCUGGUGGAACAGUUGGAUCCUCCAUCCUGCUCCUGAUCUUUCUCCUGGCUCUAGCCUUCUUCCUCUACCGCCAACGGAAAGGCAGUCGUCGUGGGGUCACUCUGGGGAAGCCGGACAUCAAGGUGGAGACAGUCAACAAGGAGACACAUAGUCUGGAGGAGGAGUCGGGCGGUGUUUCCACGGCAACGCGCAUGGUCAAGGCCAUGUAUUCCCCAUUCAAAGACGAUAUGGAUCUGAAGCAGGACCUGCGCAGUGAGCUCGAUACCCGCGAGGAAUACGAACUCAAGGACCCAACGAAUGGCUACUAUAAUGUCCGUGCGACCACCCACGACGAGGCCAGGCCGUCCUCCCGCUCCAUGCUGUACCAGGGAGAGUUCCGGACCCCCAACCCUCCGGGGGGAGCUACAGGUGCUACCUCCAGUGGCCCAGCAGGGGGUCCCGGAGGGGUGGUGGCUGCAGGAGGGGUCCCAGGAGUCCCAGGGUCAAGGGCAGGGUGCUAUGACCCCAGACCUCCAUCCAGGAUGUCUCACACCAACUACCCCCAGUUCAACACCUUCACCAGGGCGGGCCCGAGCCAAGUCCCUCCCAACACCAACCACCCCUCCCACCCCGCCCACCCCUCCCACCCCGCCCACCCCUCCCAUCCUGCCUCACAGACCACCGACUUCCCCGGAGACUGCGGACUAUUGGACAACAACAGUCAGCUGACCUAUGACAACUAUGGCUAUCCCGCCCAGUACCCUACCUAUCGGAUGGGCUUUGCCCCGCCCCUGGAAGGAGGGCCGGCCUAUGAGGUCUACCCAACUGGACAAGGGGUGGGACCAGGGCCAGUGCAAGGACCAGUCCAAGGCCCAUGUCCGGGUCCUGAAACUGUGCUGGGGAAUUAUGGGACCACCCGCUUCUCCUACACUUCUCCUCGUACUGAGUACAACCAGAGACACACUCAGAGGAUGCAGACACACGUGUGA